UUGCUCUGUCUUAGUUGACAGCAGACAGGCAGAGUUCAGUGGUGAUCAAAGACAGCACUUUACCCCACACACACACACUGUGCAGGAUGGCAGCUGAGGCACAGAGAGUACUGGUAUAUGGAGGGAGAGGAGCCCUGGGCUCCAAGUGUGUGGACUACUUCAAAUCCAAAAACUGGUGGGUGGCAUCCAUCGAUGUGACAGAAAAUGCAACUGCCAAUGCCAAUGUUUUAGUGAAAUUGUCAGAUUCUUUCACCCAGCAGUCUGAAGAGGUCACGUCUGCAGUAGACCAGCUCCUUAAGGGAGACAAGGUGGAUGCCAUCCUUUGCGUAGCUGGCGGCUGGGCUGGAGGCUCUGCAAAAGCCAAAUCAUUUUAUAAGAACUGCAACCUGAUGUGGAAACAGAGCGUUUGGACCUCAACCAUAUCCAGCCAUCUUGCCACAAAGCACCUUAAAGAAGGCGGCCUUCUCACCUUGUCUGGUGCAAAUGCUGGGCUCUCCGCUACCCCAGGUAUGAUUGCUUAUGGCAUGGCAAAGGCGGCUGUUCAUCAGCUGUGUCAGAGCCUCGGCGGUGAGAAGAGUGGACUGCCAACAAAUUCUGCUGCUGUAGCCAUACUCCCCGUUACCUUGGAUACGCCAGCCAACAGAGCCUCCAUGCCUGAUGCAGACUUCAGUUCCUGGACACCAUUAGACUUUAUCGCUGAAACAUUUUAUACCUGGACCACUGGGGAUAGCAGGCCAAAGUCUGGCAGUCUUAUUCAGGUGGUCACAGAAAAAGGGAAAACAGAACUUGUUCCUGCACAUCUGUGAGAUGGACGGAUCUUCGCUACAGGGGAGUCUGUGAGCUACCCUUUUUUGUCCUUGAAUUGUGGUCCGUUUUAUUUUUACAGCUCAGUUUAAGCAUAAAUAACACUCUGG